UCGGAGCAGAAACGUUCGGUCCGCGGCAGAGCGAACGAAACAGACGUUAGCAGUUCCAUUUCGUAGUGACAUUAAUUGGUAACCAAAUCAGACUUGAAGUGCAACACACUAAAUUGAACUGUGCAGCGCGACUAAAGUUAGAAUUCGGGCCGAAUUCCAUUCAGAAGAGCAUAUUUCUGGGCGGUGGAACCACCCUCCGGCAAUUGUUAAAUAUUUAUACACACCACCAACGGAACGCACGCACUUACAUACAUCCCAUUCCGAGUGGCGCCAACAUAUGUAAAGCAGCGAUAAGAAAGAAAACAACCCAGAAGAGGAAAGCACACUUAUUGGUCGGCGGCUGGAUUCGUUUGGAGUGACGCGACUCCCACAACAAUUGCCACUGAUGAGGUGAACGAACUGGUCAGCAUCCCAGCAUCCAUUUGUUAGCCCCUCCAUCUCUGGCAAUUAAGAGAACCCUAAUUGGAGGGAGACUGCUGCUGGCGAGAAGGAGGGAGCAACUCGGCUAAAGAUGCCUUCGCUGCGCCAGAAGGUCACCACUUACUUCCGCCAGUUGAGCUUCAUCGCGGAGCCACGCGAGGGUCGCCGGCGGGCCAGCGAGCACGAGGAUGAUGAUGGUAGCUUCAUAACCAAAUAUCUGGAGGGCCGAAUGCAGAGACAAUUUGUUGACGGGCCGGAGAUUUACAAUGGCCAGAAUCCCACGGACAUGCCCGUUCUCAAGUUGGAUGCAUACGAAGCUGGAAACUGCUCCAUAACAGCCGCAUGCACAGGUCCUGACGAAGGGCUCACCGGCAUCAAGCGCUCCAAACUGCACUUGAGCACCAGCUUCGCGGAUGACAUUGACUUCAUAGAUACGCAGCAGGAGAACGAUGAUUGCUAUGGCGUCCGAAAGAGUACACAGCCAGUCCAGGUGGCCACACAGAACUCAACACGACUUACCAGCAAAUUUGGACGGCCGCCGGCGGGACCUCGGAGACAGAGCAGUGCGGAGCAGCCAUCCGGAUCAGCUCCCGCGUCGGGGAUGCGUUCCCGCAAGAAUUCCAAGAGCAGCAUAGCCAAUCUUGCCGCGGCGACUGCUGGCACGGAUGCUGGAAAAGCCAACAGCGAUCAGAACAACAGGAAUGUGUUAAAUGCCAAGACUGAGGUCUCGACGGAUGGGGAUCCCAAUUCGGAGCGAGAACGCCUGCUCCGCGAAGCUGUGAGCAACCAGGGUGGCUCUGCUCCAGCUGCUUUGAUCGCUGGCGUGGAGAACUGGCGCAUGGAGUGCGACUUCGCAUACGGAAUCUCGGUGUCCCUUUACGAGACCAACAUGCUGACUAAAGAACCCAUGGGCAAUCCCAUCGCCGACUGCUACGGAAUGGUCGUGCGCGGAGACUCAGCUGCCAUGGCCAUGGCAGAUGGUGUCAACUGGGGUGAUGGCGCUCGCCUGGCCGCCCGUUCAGCUGUUCACGGUUGCCUGGACUAUCUGGACCGGGCGGUCUUCGGCCAGGCGCUGGAGUGCCGGGCCACCACAACCCAGGAGGUUUUUGUGAGUUUGCUGCGUAGUCUUUGGGAGGGACACGGAUGUAUCCUGGAAGUGGGAGGAGCCCUGUCCACUCUGACCAUAGCCGUGGUGCUGCCACUGGACGGAGCGCCAGGAAAAUAUGUCGUGUGCUCGUGUAACGUUGGCGAUUCCCUGGGCUAUGUGUACUCCAAGAAGCACGGAGUACGGGAACUGACACAGGCCUCCCACGACAUCAGUUCCAUGCGAGACAUGCGCGAUGCGUUGGGCGCCCUUGGACCAGCUGAUGGCAACAAGCCGGAGCUGAGCAAUCUAACAUUCUCGAUGACCUGCAUUGAAAGCGGAGACAUAGUGUUUCUAACCUCGGAUGGAAUCAGCGAUAAUUUCGAUCCCGUGGUGGGCAAGUUUGCCGAAGCCUGGACGCCGGAUGUCAAGCUCCAGACGUCGGGACAUGGCAAGCCUGCCAACUUGGCACCCAAACGACAGAACAAGAGUGCAUCCGCUAUCUAUGCCCGUCUGCAUCCUUCGACUCCACCCACGCGGCCAGCUCGUCAGUCCAAGGCGGGUAGUCCGCCUAAUAAUGCGCCUAGUCGGCCGAAGUAUAUGCGCUCCCAAACGGUCAUUGAACCACGCCAAGGAUUGGCAUCACCGCCACCGCCAUCGGUGGUGCCCCAACGCAUUCCAAAGUCCAUCUCAGGACUGCCCCUUGUUACCGGUCCUCAGCGGCAUGCGCUUACCCUGUACCGCUUGGAGGAUCUGCUCAGCUACGGCAUCAACGGCACGUUCUCGCCCUGCGUAUCGGCCCGCAGGCUUUGCCAUUUGCUCAUCGAUUUUGUAAGGAUGAUUACGUCAGCCAGAAGGAAGACCCUGGAACAAAGGGAACUCUUCUAUAAACUCUCUACGGGACCAGAUGGCGCCAAGCGCGAGGUGCAACUGAACCGCAUGCAGCAUCGUGCGGCAAGGAAGCGUGUGGUGGACAGCAGCGCUUUUAUAGCGUUGCCCGGAAAACUGGAUCAUGCCACUGUGAUGGCCUACACGGUGGGCGGCGGAGACGAGCACAAUAAUGGGAAUGAAAACGGCGAUGGAGGAGCUAUAUCGCCUGUACUGCAAUCCAAGGAGUUUAAGGAGACGAAUUUCUAAAAUCGAGGAAUCGCUAGACUGCCGACUAUGCUUUUUAUACAUUUUUCUCACUCAUCUCUGGCAUGGGUAGUUCCAACUCAAAAGUAAAAACAAUUCUCUAUAGGGUCUCUAAUAAAUUGGAAGGUUAUGUUUUGGCUUUUUAUUUAUACAUUGAUGCGAGAAGUGCCAAUUAAUUUCAUUUUUUUUUUGUACAGAAACAUAUCGUUAUCAUUUUGUUGAAUUAUUGGCCAAAACUUUGUUUAGUUUGAAAAAGUUGUUUAUUUUGUACAAGUUUAAUAAUAAAAUCGUUUUAAAUAGUUUAUAUCGAUACCAAUAAAAGGGUUACCUACUAAGGAUCCUUCGGAAAAUAGUUAUUAUCUUUGACAAAGAAGUACCCAUUUUAAAUCAUAUUUAUAUAUAUUUACAUAAACACUCAUAUAUUUACGUGGUGAUAUAUCUCACAUGUAACUUCAAUAUUCAUAUAGCUUUCGCUUAAGUUUGUUGAUUUUAGUUUGGUGUUCUCAUUCGUCAGCCAUAGUUUUUAGCCAUUUAUUUGUAAAUUGCAAACGACAGAAAUGCCUCAAAUGUUUAAAACUACCAAAAAUAAUAAGAAUACACAAAUGUACACCGUAUUUUUACACUCUCAUUCGUAAUUCAAUGUAUAUGCCACUUUUACACCAGUGCUCCGAUGUGAAUUUAUAACAUAUACUCUUUGUAACACCAGCUGUCUCAUACAAUUUAAAAUGUGGUAGCGUAUAUACUUGGUAACGCACAGCUUAAGUUGCUAAAUGGGCUGUGGCAAACGGGCCUGGGCAAUAAAUAAUUGCGUAAAGGCAUUGAAAAUUGCGCUUUUACAAACACC